AUGACAUCGUCAAAGUCCAGCCGGAGACGCAGACGCCGCCGGGACUAUUCGGGUUCGGAUUCUGCAUCCGACUCAACUUUGGAGUCGGAUAGAAACCAACGCAGGAGCCGGAGUCGAAAUCGCAGCAGUAGCCGACGAUUAGACUCCGAUGAUUCUGAAAGUGACACCCAUGAGCGAUCGAGGAAGAAUAGCAAGAGGAAGAUUACAGAGGAAGAAAUUUCUGAAUACCUAGCUAAAAAGGCUCAGAAAAAGGCUAUGAAAGUCGCCAAGAAGUUGAAGUCACAAACAGUGUCUGGAUAUUCCAACGAUUCAAAUCCCUUUGGCGAUUCCAACCUUAAUGAGAGGCUACCUAAAGCAGCUGUAGCCUUUUCUGUUAGUAUGAACCCUUUGGAUGGUCGGUAUCUACUGUCGAGGACUGAACAGAGUGAAUGUUCACUUGCCGCAAUCCUUGAUGGUGGUGUGAUUCCUGGCCUUGCGACACUUAGAUGGUCUUGCUGGCCCAGUCCAUUCGGUUCCACCUCUAUCCAGACUAAACAAAUGGCACCAGACCCUUUAAGCCUUUCUUAG